AUGUUCAAGCGACCUUUUUACUUUUCACUCGCGGCAACUUUUGCCUACAUAGCAUAUUUAUAUGCCGGAACUUCAACACAGAGUGAAGAAAAUCACGUCGCGAAAAAGAUUGGAGAAUGGCGUGGAAAGAAUAACACUGUCUUAUUUGUCACUAAUAGUGAACAUGGAUUUGCAAAUGUCUUUUUGGCGACUAGUCAUGCUUUACUCACGGAGUACAAUGAUCUCGAUAUCCAUUUCGCAACGUUUGACAAACUAAAGGAUGACAUUACUUCCAUCUCUGAUUUCGCACUAAAAACGGGAAGUGAAAGAACUAUUACUUUCCACGAAUUGAAAGGUCCAUCAUACAAGAAAUCUUUGAACGGUGGUGGUUUCAACGUUGAUUUGGCGAUCAACUAA